AACGCAGCGGAGCCGGAGCCGGGACACGGCUGUGGCCGCUGUUCCUGCCCCCGCCACGGAUCGCCGGCUGGCCGGGCUGUGCGGCUCCAGACUGAAGGUCGGUCCGGAGGCGGGUGGGCGCGGGUCUGCCCCGGAGUGUCUGGGUGGCAGACUCUCCGGGCCCCUCGGGCGCGGCGAGGGAUCAUGUCUACAGCCUCUGCCGCCUCCUCCUCCUCCUCGUCUUCGGCCGGUGAGAUGAUCGAAGCCCCCUCCCAGGUCCUCAAUUUUGAAGAGAUCGACUACAAGGAGAUCGAGGUGGAAGAGGUUGUUGGAAGAGGAGCCUUUGGAGUAGUCUGCAAAGCUAAAUGGAGAGCAAAAGAUGUUGCUAUUAAACAAAUUGAAAGUGAGUCUGAGAGGAAAGCUUUUAUUGUAGAGCUUCGCCAGUUAUCCCGGGUGAACCAUCCUAAUAUUGUAAAGCUAUAUGGAGCUUGCUUGAAUCCGGUGUGUCUUGUGAUGGAAUAUGCUGAAGGGGGCUCUUUAUAUAAUGUGCUGCAUGGUGCUGAACCAUUGCCAUAUUACACUGCUGCCCAUGCAAUGAGUUGGUGUUUACAGUGUUCCCAAGGAGUGGCUUAUCUUCACAGCAUGCAACCCAAAGCUCUAAUUCACAGGGACCUGAAACCACCAAACUUAUUGCUGGUUGCAGGGGGGACAGUUCUAAAAAUCUGUGAUUUUGGUACAGCCUGUGACAUUCAGACACAUAUGACCAAUAACAAGGGGAGUGCUGCAUGGAUGGCACCUGAAGUUUUUGAAGGUAGCAAUUACAGUGAAAAAUGUGACGUCUUCAGCUGGGGUAUUAUCCUUUGGGAAGUAAUAACACGUCGGAAACCUUUUGAUGAAAUUGGUGGCCCCGCUUUCCGUAUCAUGUGGGCUGUUCACAACGGUACUAGACCACCACUGAUCAAAAAUUUACCUAAGCCCAUUGAGAGCCUGAUGACUCGUUGUUGGUCUAAAGAUCCUUCUCAACGCCCAUCUAUGGAGGAAAUUGUGAAAAUAAUGACUCACUUGAUGCGGUACUUUCCAGGAGCAGAUGAGCCUUUACAGUAUCCUUGUCAGUAUUCAGAUGAAGGACAGAGCAACUCUGCCACCAGUACAGGCUCAUUCAUGGACAUCGCUUCUACAAAUACCAGUAAUAAAAGUGACACUAAUAUGGAGCAAGUUCCUGCCACAAAUGAUACUAUUAAGCGCUUAGAAUCAAAAUUGUUGAAAAAUCAGGCGAAGCAGCAGAGUGAAUCUGGACGUUUAAGCCUGGGAGCUUCCCGUGGGAGCAGUGUGGAGAGCCUACCCCCAACCUCCGAGGGCAAGAGGAUGAGUGCUGACAUGUCUGAAAUAGAAGCAAGGAUAGCUGCAUCCACAGCAUAUUCCAAGCCUAAACGAGGCCACCGUAAAACUGCUUCAUUUGGCAACAUUCUGGAUGUCCCUGAGAUCGUCAUAUCAGGCAACGGACAGCCAAGGCGUAGAUCCAUCCAAGACUUGACUGUUACUGGGACAGAACCUGGUCAGGUGAACAGUAGGUCAUCCAGUCCUAGCGUCAGAAUGAUCACUACCUCAGGACCAACCUCAGAAAAACCAGCUCGAAGUCAUCCAUGGACACCUGACGAUUCCACAGAUACGAAUGGGUCAGAUAACUCCAUACCAAUGGCUUAUCUUACACUGGAUCACCAACUACAGCCUCUAGCACCAUGCCCAAACUCCAAAGAAUCUAUGGCAGUGUUUGAACAGCAUUGUAAAAUGGCACAAGAAUAUAUGAAAGUUCAAACAGAAAUUGCAUUGUUAUUACAGAGAAAGCAGGAACUAGUUGCAGAACUGGACCAGGAUGAAAAGGACCAGCAAAAUACAUCUCGUCUGGUACAGGAACAUAAAAAGCUUUUAGAUGAAAACAAAAGUCUUUCUACUUACUACCAGCAAUGCAAAAAACAACUAGAAGUCAUCAGAAGUCAGCAGCAAAAACGACAAGGCACUUCAUGAUUCUCUGGGACCCUUAAAUUUUAAAAAUAUGCAAAGAAAGACUAUUGGGGUUUUUUUUUGGUUUUUUUUUUUAAGGAAAGAAAAGCCCUUUUAAU